UGAUUGCUGUUGAAAAUGUCGCUGAACCGCUAUAAAAACCCAGUUAAGAAUUAUUUCAUUUACAACGAUGAGAUCCGUAAGAGCACAUGCAAAGUGUGUUACUUUGAUAUGGCUGGGAGGCACUCGGAGAACCUGAUGCGACAUCUGAAACGCAAACAUCCAUCCACGUACGCGGAGGUGAUGCUCGAGAAGCAGCGGCGGCGAUCCACGGCGAAUUCAAUUCAAUCCGGUGCAGAAACUGACCCCUUGUCAUCCAUGUUCAAAUUCGAAACGGAACCACACAAAUUGGUUAUUAAAUCGGAAAGAUUACAAUUCCGACUGGAGGAACGUGACCAACAGCAGAGAAAUCAUUUCGACUCCAGAGACUACAAAUGCGACGACUCUGUCAAUGAUCAGGCUGAGCAGGCGGAGGAGGAGGAGGCGAAUCAAUCGGCUGGACAACUGCAUGACUUCAAUGAAUCAAUCUCCUACCAAGACGAUGGCAGCAAUGCGAAUCAAUUUGUCAUCACCUGUCUGCCAGAACCACUACAACAACAACAACAACAACAACAACAUCAGCAGAUCCCAGUUAGUCCCGGCAGCAAUCCAGCGAGCACAUCUGCUCCGAUUGGCCAUCCCAUUGGGGAUGGCAUGUCGCAAGUGGCCAACGAUGAUGCCAGCCUGCUGCAGCUUCUAGGGUAUAAGUUCAACAAAUACACCCCGAGCACCAAGUACACGGUACAAUAUCAUAUUAAUCGCAUAUUGUACAAGGCCGACAUGGGUUGUUACGAUAAUGCCGAUGCCAGUCGACUGCCCGAUUCGGAUUUGUAGCCGCCUUAUGUCACACGAUCUGUAUAUAUAUACAUAUAUAUAUAUAUAUUAUAAGUAGUAAACACACCUUGACUAAUUCCACAUUGUUAUUUAUCGGUUGACGACAAAGAAAACUGCAACUUGAUGUUAGAAAAUAGCUCA